AUCCAGUGGAAAUACCAACUGAUAAAAUUCUCACAAAUGUCAGCCGAUGCUAUUGUAUAGUGCAUUCUAAACCGGCUGAGUCUAGGAUACAAUUAUAAGUACAUUCACUUAUUGAUCUGAAGAGCCUGCCUCCUGAGAUAUUUAUAUAUAUACAGUGGAAUGUUCACCUUCUGGAUUCUAAAUAUGUGCAAUGUUUUGGUAAACUUGAACUGUAAACAGUAGUCUGAAAUCUUCUACCCCCACUGAACACUGCCGAUGUAGAACGCAUACAUGCAGCAGAUGAAACAUUAGAAUUCCUAGUGAAUUUAACACCGCAGGAUUACAAGAUACCAAAGAUAAGCGAAUAUUUUAAGGUUUGCUUCAGUGAUGCCCAAGAUGUCAGGGUGUGUUGAAUGAGGUAUCACAAUGUAUCCACUCCAAGCUGCAGUUCCCCUCUGUAACCUAAAAACUUAUUUUAGAUCGGAUCUAGAGACCAAUUUAUCAACCAAUGGCUGAGGCCAAAUACAGUACCCAAUCUUCAGAGGAAGGGGGCUUUGAUCAUGCUUUAACAAAUGGUAGUCUCUCAAAUUCACUCAACCAUGGGAAGAAAAAAGUCCUUGCUUUGUCCGAGAUUGUGGAUCAAUUUGCGGAGAGACUCCCGAAGUUGUCACGGCUGGAUGAUUACAGUAACUCCACAGCUUACUCUGAUCUGCGAUUUAUCCAGAGACAAACUUUGUAUACACCAAAUGAACUGCUCAGAAAGGCUAUUGCAAGGAAACUGUUAGAAUAUGGAAUGAUUGAUGUCUUUACCAAAGUUUGGCAGUGUUCGCAUUAUACAGCUGUAACAUCGACAACAGCGAAAUCUGACGCUUUUAAAAAUCUACGAAAAGUCAUAUCUAUUAUUUGGAACAUAUCUGAUAUUUCUCCCGAAGUGAAUGAAGCACUGACCCAUAAAGGGGUAGUGGAACUGUUAUUAUCGGAUUUAAAUGAUCCUAAACUAUAUUCCACCGAAUUAGCCAAUGAAGAUAAGCUAUAUGUGAUAAAAGGAUACCUAGGAAUCCUACAUAAUAUCAUAAGACUACAUUUUGAUAGUAGGCAGAACUUCCGCGAUGCCAAUGCGGUGGCCAUCAUUGGAGAACACCGCAAGUCUGAAGUAUUAAUAGUCCGUACCAAAGCUGAUCUCAUAAUGUCUUACAUAAUAUCCGAACAGGAAAACGCCAUAAUAAACGCAGAUGACCGAAACAUUAUUUUCAUCAUCGGUAUCUUGCAGUCUGCGAUAGAAAGUGAGAAUCAUUUUAGUAAAAAGUUUGCAUUUCACGCGAAUGAGAUAGUGUCUGGAAUAAAUCACCUAGCCUCAAAUGACAGUAAUAAGUCCAGGAUUGUGAAGAAUGGUGUGUUGCCACUGUACGUGAGGCUAUUAGAUUGGGAAUGUACAGAAGAUGAACAGAGUCUUGCCGCACAGGGACUUUGGACAUUGGCCUUUGAUGAGACCAACAGAAGAGCUAUAAGAGAAGAAGAAGGAUGCAUACCAGCACUACAGGAGCUCGCAAGUAAAAGUAAAUCUGAAGCCGUUAUCCACGCUACCAGAGGUGCAUUAUGGGUGAUUGAAGAAAAAUGUUUUCCAACUGAAAAAAUCGUAGCUUUAGCAGAGUCCGAGUCCUUCCAGCCGCAUGUAAUGCUCAGCUACCAAUGGGGAGCCAAGGAAACAAUGAUCCGUGUUAAAGAUAAACUGAAGGCUGCAGGCUAUAAGGUCUGGAUGGAUGUAGAAAAUAUGAGUGGGUCUACCCUAGAAGCAAUGGCCCUUGCAGUUGAGAGGGCCGCAGUAGUCAUAGUUGGCAUGUCCCAGAACUACAAAGACAGCCCCAGCUGUAGAACAGAGGCGGAAUACACCUAUAGAUUACGCAAAGACAUUAUACCAGUUAGGGUACAAUCCCAGUAUACUCCAGAUGGCUGGCUUGGUAUUAUGAUAGGAACGAGGCUGUACUUUGACCUCAGCAUAGAGGACUCUUUUGAUAUGAAUGUAGGAGGAUUGGUCAAGGAGCUGGGAAACAGGGGCAGAGUGGGGCAUGAUCUCACACCAAAUCCUUACAGCAGUACUUUAACAUUUGGAAGCUCAAAAUCAUACGCUAGCACUCCCGCCAGUCAGUUAAGCAAAUCCUCUACCCAUGAUCACCUCCUGGACUCACCCUGCCCUGUGCUGGGUUGGAGAUGUGAGGAUGUUGCCCGCUGGCUAGCAGAAAGUGGUUUAGAGGAAUAUUGUGAAAGAUUCCAAGAAUUAGAUGGUGAGUUGUUACUCGAACUGAAGAAGAUGCACAGACAAGCGCCUGAGUUCUUCUUUAACACAUUAAAAGUGGACUAUAAGUUCAAACUCAUCACGAUGCUCAAGUUCACCAAAGCUUUGGAGAAGAUACAGUCUUAACCCAGACUACCAGUAGUAUUAUAGACUACAUUUACAGGGUGGGCCCAAAACAUAUAAUUUCAUAAUCAAUUUAAUUUUAUGAAUUAUCUGGGACUAAAAACAAAUCAAUUUAUAGUCAUUCUCUUGUUGAAUGUUACUGAAUUACCUAAUAUUAAAAUAUUCCAAUGAUUUUGGUCCACCCUGUAUGUGUGUACCUGACUCCUCCAGUCAUAAGGGGAGUCAUGAGUUGAGUGGCAUUAGUCAUUGGCUCAAUGUCUGUGCUACAAGUUUUCUUGGUGUGUAGUAGCGCUACUUCAUGCAAGAAUUUCCUGGUGUAGGCUUCAGUCAAUUCAUGUAAUACUUGUACUUGAAUAUUCUAAACACUUAUAUAUACUAAGUAAAAAUUGCAGUAUAUGCUCUUGAAAAGUGGAGAUUAUCAAGUUACAAGGAUUUCUACAGAAAUCCAGUCUUAUUUAAACACCUCAAAAGAGAUACAUUUGUAGCCAUGAAUACGCUUUAAGCUUAAUGAAGGUCAGUGUUAGGAAU